CCUCCUGUACUGUAGAAUGUAGUAUGGACCAUAGGACAGGACGAAGAAGUCCCGUUAAGAAGCUGUGGAGGCCUAAGAUGCUCUACUAGUCUGCUGGAAAUCCAAAGAAGACGAAGGAGUAAAAAGCAAAAUGGCGUUUGACAGAGAAGGACUAAACGUGGCCACUGGCCAUUAUUGUUUCUCUAUUUGUAUUUAGUGCAUACAUGUACGCAUAUAUGUCGUGUAGUAGAUGAAACAUUGUUAGUCAUUGUUUGUAUCCGGAUACAUUAGUCUGAGCGCACUUUAUGUGCUAGCUUAGCUUGCUAGUUAGCUUAGCUUGUUAGCUGCUAACAAAGAGACGCGGACGUUAUCGACACAUCGCUAAGUAGAGAUCAAAUGUGAGUGUCAAGUGUUGUGAUUGUGUGAAAAUGUGCGAAAGAACGAUAGCAAAGUAUGAGGAGGAACUUUGUCCAACAAAAGAGGAGAAAGAGCGACAACAUCAACUUAUGGACGCUCAAGUUGUGUUACACAGAACAGACGUCCAGCAGCCCCCCCACAUUAAAGAGGAAGAGGAGGAAGUGUGGAUCACUCAGGAGGGAGAGUGUCUUCUAGGGCAGGAGGAUGAUGAUGUCACCACGUUUCCACUGACUGUUGUCUCUGUGAAGACUGAAGAGCAUGAAGACAAACCACCUGAGUCCUCACAGCUUCAUCACAGUCCAAAAGUCUGUGAAGAACAACUUCUGCCUGAAAAACAUGAGUGUAGCUCCAGGAUGGUGAAGGAGGAUCCAUCAAAGAGGAAGACCAGGUGCCACAGACCCUCUGGUGUCUCCUUUUCCUCUUUGACACAGACCCUUCCCUGUAAAAAGGAAGAGGAAGACUCACUGACGCCCCACCUAAAAGAGGAAGAGGCGGAACACAGCGUUACUCAGGAGGGAGAUCAUCUUGAAGGACUGGUGGAGUUCCCAGUGACUGGUGUCCCUGUGAAGAGUGAAGAUGAUGAGGUCAAAGGUGAAAGUGAGGAGAAGAGAGAGGCGGAGCCUCCAAGCAGCAGCUCAACACAACACAUGACAACAGAAGCUGAUGGAGACCACUGUGGAGGAUCACAAGCAGACAAGCUCUUAGCUCCACUAUCAGAUAGUGAGGACACAACGUCACACUCUCCUGACACUGAUGAUGAAGACUCUAAAGAUGAUAAGACAUGUCACACUGACAACACUCACUUCAAAUGUUCUCACUGUGACAAAACCUUUAAAUACCAUAGUGAUCUGAAAAGACACAUGAGUACUCACACUGGAGAAAAACCUUUUACCUGUUCAAUCUGUAGUAAAGGUUUUGUAGAAAGUCAUAAUUUGAAAGUACACAUGAGAAUACACACUGGUGAAAAACCUUUUAUCUGUUCAAUCUGUGGUAAAGGAUUCGUACAAAGUCCCAAAUUGAAAGUACACAUGAGAAUACACACUGGUGAAAAACCUUUUUCUUGUUCAAUCUGUGGUAAAGGUUUUGCACAAAGGUCAUGUUUGAAAAUACACAGAACAACACACACAGGAGAAAAAAUAUUUAUUUGUUCAAUCUGUAGUAAAGGUUUUGUUCUAAGUAAGUAUUUGAAAGUGCACAUGAGAAGACACACUGGUGAAAAACCUUUUUCCUGUUCAAUCUGUGAUAAAGGUUUUGUAGAAAGUUUUAAAUUAAAAGUGCACAUGAGAAGACACACUGGUGAAAAACCUUUUAUCUGUUCAAUCUGCAGUAAAAGUUUUGUAGAAAGUUGCACAUUGAAAGUACACAUGACAACACACACUGGUGAAAAACCUUUUUCUUGUUCAAUCUGUGGUAAAGGUUUUGUUCUAAGUAAAUAUAUGAAAGUACACAUGAGAACACACACUGGUGAAAAACCGUUCUCCUGUUCAAUCUGUGGUAAAGGUUUUGGAGAAAGUCACAAUUUGAAAGUACACAUGAGAACACACACUGGUGAAAAACCUUUUAUCUGUUCAAUCUGCAGUAAAGGUUUUGUAGAAAGUUGCAAAUUGAAAGUACACAUGAGAACACACACUGGUGAAAAACCUUUUUCUUGUUCAAUCUGUGGUAAAGGUUUUGUUCUAAGUAAAUAUUUGAAAGUGCACAUGAAAACACACACUGGUGAAAAACAUUUCUCCUGUUCAAUUUGUGGUAAAGGUUUUGUAGAAAGUCACAAUUUGAAAGUACACAUGAGAACACACACUGGUGAAAAACCUUUUAUCUGUUCAAUCUGUAGUAAAGGUUUUGUAGAAAUUCGCAGAUUGAAAGUACACAUGAGAACACACACUGGUGAAAAACCUUUUUCUUGUUCAAUCUGUGAAAAAGGUUUUGUACAAAGUCACAAUUUGAAAGUACACAUGAGAACACACACUGGUGAAAAACCUUUUUCUUGUUCAAUCUGUGAAAAAGGUUUUGUACAAAGUCACAAAUUGAAAGUACACAUGACAACACACACUGGUGAAAAACCUUUCCCUUGUUCAAUCUGUGGUAAAGGUUUUGUUCUAAGUAAAUAUUUGAAAGUGCACAUGAGAACACACACUGGUGAGAAACCUUUCACAUGUUCAAUCUGCAACAGAAGCUUUUGUAACCAAUCAAACCUUGUAAGACACAUGAGGACACACCCAGGAGAGAAAGUGUUGAGUUGCAGUGUGUGUGGUGAAAGAUUGUCUUCUAAGUACCAGUGUAAGAAACACAAGUGUGCUGGUGAGAACAGCAGCAGCAAAUGAAACUUCAGGAUUAGAAAUAAACUGUCAAGACUUUAAUUUGGACUUUCUAACAUCAGCACAUAUAACAUGUGUGACAUUGUUGUUUGUGUAACAAUCUUUUUAAUAUGCUUCUACAUUUAUAGAUUAGAUAUUUUAUAUUGGUGCUUUUUUCAGACAAGUACAUGCAUUAAUAUGCAACAUUGUGUACUUUUAUUAAACAUUGAACAGAACAAUUUGACUGAAAAGGUGAGAGUAAACAGUACAAGAUAUAUUUUACAUACAAUAAACAUUUUAUGUGUAUAUAUAUUCAUAAUACAAUUUUUGACUUAUUCAUAAUAGUGUUUUCUAUAGGUGUUUGAAAUAUUGAAGUAUUACAUAUUAUUUCUAAUUGUUAAUCAUCCCAUAGAUUAGCACCUUUAUAUGAUAUACAUAUUUACUGGUUCACAUCUGAAACAUCUUCUGGACCACUUCAGGAAGCAUAUUAUUAUUUACUUUAUACAUCAUUUGAACAGUUGUCUUUUAUACAAUUUUAAAAAUGUUUAACUUUAUGAAUCUUUUGUUGGUUUUCUGUAAUCCUAAUCAUCUGUAUUACUCUCUUGUAAUAUGAUUGUUUUAUAUGUAUGUACUCAGACAUUUAUGCAAUAAA